UCUAAUUUGCGGUUUACCUAAACCAGGUGGAAGAGUGCAACUCUAGUCUGCAUUGGUUGAAUCGCGCAAAGGAAAAGGAAACCAUGGCGCUGGCCAUUAAGAAGCGCGUAGGCACCUACGUGGAAACGGUGGACGGGUCGCCGCCGGUGAAGAAGCUGCGUCUGCAAACGCUGGCCGCUGAUGCCAAGGGCGGGAAAUCCGGAAAAGUGGGCAAUGUGGAGCGCAAGCUGACGGCGCUCAACCAAUUGGACGCCUAUGUGGGCAACCUGCCCGCCGGUGCGUUGGUCCUGCCCACUGGGACACCAGUUGCUUCGACGGGAGCCCCGUCAACAGGUGUCAUCGGAAAUCCGCCGGCUGCGGCGACUGGAGCUCCCCCAAUGACGGCCGCGAAUAGCAGGGAACUGCUGGAGCUCUUGGUCAAGAUAACCGAUGAGAUAUCCUAUGAGGACGUGGAAAUGGGCGAGCUUAAGGAGGUGGCCAGCAAGAUCUUCCAACUGUAUCAGCUGCAGGAACGCGAUAGCGACACCUCCAUCCGGGUGAAGCUGCUCGAGCUGCUGUCCGGAUUGGGUUGCGAGUGUGCCACCGAGCAGGCGCUUACCAUGAUCAUCGACUACUUUAUCUUCUUGUUGAGGAAGGAGGUGUCCCAAAAGGUGCUCGCCCAGGGCAUGAUGUGCCUGUUUCGAAUCGGGGAGCGCAGGAAGCACAUGUUGCCCAUAUCGUACAAAACCCAGGUGGCCCACCUAGCCAAGGAGCAGCUGCGCUCCGGUUCGGCGCAUACGCAGAAGAACGCCAUGCUGGUAAUCGGUCGUUUUGCCACCAAAAUGGAGGGUGAGCGUCAUUACGUAUGGAAGUUAGCCUUCUACAUCGACUCGCAGGACUCGAGCGUUCGUGCCCAGGCUCUGCACGCCCUGCUGACCCUCGGCGAACGGGGAUCCCAACUGCCGGCGGUGCUCUAUAAGCGUGCCGUCGAGGCCAUGAAGGAUGACUACGAGUGUGUGCGCAAGGAAGCUCUACAGCUGGUCUUCAUGCUGGGCAAUCGGCAUCCGGACUACAUUUUACCCUCGGACCGCCAGCAGGAGGAGCUGCGCAUGAUAGACGCUGCGUUCAGCAAGGUCUGCGAAGCCCUGUGCGAUCUAUCGCUGCAAAUUCGCGUGCUCGCAGCGGAAUUGCUCGGUGGGAUGACCGCCGUAAGCAGGGAGUUCCUACACCAGACACUCGACAAAAAGCUGAUGAGCAAUCUGCGCCGGAAGCGAACGGCGCACGAGAGAGGUGCUCGCCUGGUGGCCAGCGGUGAGUGGUCAUCGGGUAAACGGUGGGCGGACGAUGCGCCGCAAGAGCACCUCGAUGCUCAGAGCAUCUCAAUUAUAGCCAGCGGCGCCUGUGGCGCCCUUAUACAUGGCCUAGAGGAUGAGUUCCUCGAGGUGCGUACUGCGGCAGUGGCCUCCAUGUGCAAGCUGGCCCUCUCUCGACCGGAUUUCGCGGUGACCAGCCUAGAUUUCCUUGUGGACAUGUUCAACGAUGAGAUCGAGGAUGUGCGGCUGAAGGCCAUCUAUAGUUUAACGGCCAUUGCCAAGCACAUAGUGCUGCGCGAGGAUCAGCUGGAGAUAAUGCUUGGAUCGCUUGAGGAUUACUCCGUGGACGUGCGUGAGGGACUACAUCUCAUGCUGGGCGCCUGUAGAGUGUCCACACAAACGUGCCUGCUAAUGGUGGUGCAGAAGCUGCUAGAUGUGCUGGCCAAGUAUCCACAGGAUCGUAACUCCACCUAUGCCUGCAUGCGCAAGAUUGGCCAGAAGCAUCCACAUUUGGUGAUGGCUGUCGCCGUUCACCUGCUUUACGUGCAUCCCUUUUUCGAGACGCCCGAACGCGAUGUCGAGGAUCCAGCGUAUCUGUGCGUUCUGAUACUUGUCUUCAAUGCUGCAGAACAUUUGGUGCCCAUUAUCAGUUUGCUGCCCACGGCCACCCAUCGCCAUUACGCCUAUCUGAGAGACUCGAUGCCGAAUCUGGUGCCCCAGUUGCCCAUUGAGGGUGCGUCCUCGGCGAGUGCGACGCACAGGAUCGAUUCGGCUAUGCACCAAGCGGGCAGUUCGGCGGAGUACCUGCAGAUGAUUCUCAGUCACAUCGAAGAGAUCUUCACCAUGACUGACGAGCGCUUGGAGCUGCUCCAGACUGCCCAAUCUAAUCUGCAGCGCCUGGGAUCCAUUGAUGCGGGCAUGUACGGCACCUCAAACUUUCUAGAGACCUUCUUGGCGGCCCAGAUCCAGAUCGAACAGAUGCAGCGUUGCGCCAGCACGCAACGAAGCAGGGUGCCCUUGAAGGAAUCACUGGCAGCACUCAUCCGAAACUGUCUCAAGCUGCAGCACACUUUCUCCGGCCUCAAUUACGGCGAUAUCUUGCAGGUGAAGCAGCUGCGCCUGAGGGCUUGCGCGCUUCACUUGGUCCUCGUGGUCAGGGAUCGCUCACAGAGUGCAUUGGGCCCGUGCCAGAUGCUUUUGCAAACCGCCGGCGAUAUAAGUGAGUUCAUCAAGGCGAAUACGAAGGAUGAGGAGGAGAAGCCACCGGUGGUAGAGACCGAUAUGCCCAUGAAAGAGUCGGUCAGUAGGGAUGCCCAGCCGGAUAGCUUCACCCGCCAGCUGCUAAUCAAACUGGAUGGCAUAUCGGAUCCCAAGCCGGGUCGCGUCUUUCGCGAAAUUCUGCCGCUGGUCCAGCAGGCUCCUCCGCUUGCAUUGCCACCCGCCAAUGACAAAAUACGCCGCUGUGUGGCCAACAUCCUUGAGCCGUGUCCGCUGCAAUCGCAGGAUAAUGUAAUUAAGGUCACGGCUGGCCUGAUAGCAGCCGUUCCUUUUGUUGCGGAAAUCGACAAUCUGCUGGAGUCCCAGAAGGCGGACAUGCGGAUCAAGAUCAAGUAUCCGGACCAGCACAUGCACACCGUGGUGCCGAAGCAGAGUGACUUCAAGCCCAUUAUGACGGAGCAGGGCGAGCACAAGACCAAUGUGCGCCUGCGCACCACAAUCCUGCUGUCGCACAGCGUUUGGACGGAGUCGUCGCUGGUGGAGAUCCAACUGUGCCUGGCCGUGCGUCCCGGCAGCGAACUGGAGCUCUGCAAGCCGGCAAAGGUGCUGUUCGCACCCAAACCAGUCAGGCGGGGCAUUUAGCCUGACUUCCAGGUAAUGGACUAGGUGCUUUUUGUCCUGGCGACGCGGAGCGAGAAGCUGACAAGGCCACACAGCCGCUGGAGGAGGAGGAGAAGGAGGGGGAGGAGGAGAGCCCAGGGAAUUGGCGCAACGAGCAACUGUUAUUUAAAUAUAUGUAUGUGAUUGUUUAAGAUACCAUAGCAGUUGGUUGCCAAAGUUCUUUCUAAAUCGAAAAAACCGAAUGUUUAGAGCAUCAGUUGUGCGUAGCUUACUUAUAUCAUAAUCAUAUGUUUAAGAUGAAUUCAUUUCAAAUAAAGUGUGUACCAUAAAUCUUU